UUGUCGACCCUUGUCUUAUCAGGCUGCAUCGAGCUUGUGGCACUUCCAGACAACAUCGGGUUCCUUGUGGAAUUGCAGUGCUUGUCAUUGGGACACUGCCACCAAUUGAGAGAGAUCCCCGACUCAAUUGGGCAGUUGAAAUUGUUGACUCAACUGGACUUGAGUGGAUGCUCGGGUCUGGAGGAGCUGCCUCCUCAAAUGGGUAAACUAGAACAAUUGGAGGAACUUCUCCUAGAUCAAACUAUGAUACGAGAAAUUCCUUCCUCCAUUGGUCACCUAAAGAAGCUAAAGACACUUAGUGCCAAGGAUUGCAUAUUAUUGCGUCGACUUCCGGACUCAAUAGGCUGUUUGGUGAAUUUGUCGACCCUUGUCUUAUCAGGCUGCGUCGAGCUUGUGGCACUUCCAGAUAGCAUCGGGUUCCUUGUGGAAUUGCAGUGCUUGUCAUUGGGACACUGCCACCAAUUGAGAGAGAUCCCCGACUCAAUUGGGCAGUUGAAAUUGUUGACUCAACUGGAUUUACCUGAAUCGAUAGAAAAUUUGAAAAAUUUGGAAGUUCUGGAUAUUGAUCAUAGUAACAUAGAAAAGCUACCAGAUGGUAUUGGAAGGUUGAAAAAGCUCUGAGAGUUAUAUGCUUGAUGGUGCUCAAAAUUGGGACGGGACUGUCCAAGAAUCUGUAAUCUUUCUUCUUUAAAUCUAGUGUAUUGGUUUAAUUUAAUGCCCAACAACAAUCUAGAAUUCUUUUGGAAAUUUUUUUCAAAAUGAGUCGUUUGUGGUUCAGGUUUGCGUCUUCAUGCUGAAGUAGAAGCUUUACUGUCAUUUCUGGUCUCUAUUCAAGCUCUCAUGGUGAUGAUACUGUUGUCUGCGCAGCUUCCUUUAAUAGCUCUCUGUCUGCUUCUGAUGCUUGGAAGAUUAUUAGAAGCAGUGUUGAAUCACUUGGUGAUUCCUAAUGUCUAGAAACAAAGUUUAUAUUGUAUCAGCAAGUGCAUUCAUAUGAAUUCUCACUCGUUAAACUUCCUACUUCUGGUGACAAGUUUUAGAGCUGCGCUUCAUUAGUAAAGCUAGUGGAUGUUGUCCUGGUGAUUCUCGGGUUAAGAAAGAACUAAAACGGUUCUUAUUUUUGCAAAGUUGCUCUAAAAGUGGCACGGAGUGGAUGUUUCUACUACAUCUGGAAGUCUCAGAGUAAGGCUUUUCAAUUAUUCCAGUUGAAAAUUGUGAUGUAAGGAUUAUAUAAGUUCGCUACUAAAACCAGAUAUGAAAAUGUUUUGGGUAUGA